AGCGGGCAGGCAGCUGGCAGAUCUUCCCCGCUCGCUGGCGCCGCUCGCUCGCAGAAGCUCCGAUCCAGACGCACGCAAGGCGCUGUCCCUUCAGCACCACGGCUCGGGCUGGGGAGGGAGGACUCCGGUUUGUCCUCCUCCUCAAAUUGGCUUGAAUCUGCUCUGACCCCAAGAGUGCAGCGCAGUCCGGGAAGAUAGCGUGAGGAUGGUGAAGCUGAACAGCAACCCCAGCGAGAAGGGGGCAAAGCCGCCUUCGGUGGAGGAUGGCUUCCAGACCGUCCCUCUCAUCACCCCCUUGGAGGUCAAUCACUUACAGCUGCCUGCUCCAGAGAAGGUAAACCAGGUGAUCGUGAAGACCAGAACGGAGUAUCAGCCAGAGCAGAAGAACAAAGGGAAGUUCCGGGUGCCAAAGAUCGCGGAGUUCACGGUCACCAUCCUCGUCAGCCUGGCCCUAGCGUUCCUCGCCUGCAUCGUGUUCCUGGUGGUUUACAAAGCCUUCACCUACGACCACAGCUGCCCAGAGGGAUUCGUCUACAAGCACAAGCGCUGCAUCCCGGCCUCGCUGGAUGCCUACUACUCGUCCCAGGACCCCAACUCCAGGAGCCGCUUCUACACGGUCAUCAGCCACUACAGCGUGGCCAAGCAGAGCACUGCCCGGGCCAUCGGGCCCUGGCUGUCGGCCGCCGCUGUCAUUCACGAGCCCAAGCCGCCCAAGACCCAGGGCCAUUAGGGGCCCACCCGAGCCGGAGUGGGGGUGGGGCGGGCAGGGGCCCCCAGGCUCGGCCAGGCUCAGCGGCCACACAGCACUGUCCUCCUGGGAUGUGGGGGGGGGGGGGCGGGGCGGCACUCUCCGAAUGUCGUGCACUGGAGUUGUCUGAACCGUGUUCCUUUGUCCCUUGGUAUUGUUGACUCGGCCCCAAGUCAGGCUCCUGUACAAAGGCAUGUUUCGUGUUGGUCGUUCCCAUGUAAGAUACUCUCAAAGCCGCUGCUUCUUCUUUGUUAGGAACAUUUAAAAAACAGAAAAGGAGAGAAACAGAGAAGGAACGGAGAGCGUGGGCAGCUCCAUCUGGGAGGUGGCGAGGGGCGGUGAGGAGCCGCGUCCCUGGGCAUCUCAGAGGAGCCGCAGCCCCAGUGUGGGCUCGGCUGAGUGAGUGACGGACGGGGCGCCUGGUUGCCCCUGAUCUGCCCCAGGGCAGGAGCGCGGGAAGCCAGGAGUGGCCGGGCGGAAGGAAGGACCGGGUUUGGCAUUUUCCAGCCCAGAGUGAAGCAUACUGACCUCUGGUGCAUUUGCAAGAUGGGCACAAACUUCAGGUGGGCACUGGUACCAGGGCUGGGCAGCCCCCGGGGCUCCGAGUGCGGGUCCUGUGGCCCUUGACUUGCAGCAGCAGGUACUGAGACGUGGGCAGAUUUGUCCUUGCCUUUUUCUGGCUUUUCUAGAUCUACUCCUGGGUGCGCCCGUGUCUGUGAGCUGGCAGGGCAGAGAGGGAGAGGAGGAAGGGGCAGCAGGAGGAAGGCCCAGCCGGCAAGAGGGGCUCAGCCUUGUGGUCCAGUGCGGAAAUCUCCAGACCUGGAUGGUGACCAGGGGCCAGGAGCCACAGCCAGGAAGAGACUAAGAUGGGCUGCAACAGAGCCUGGCCCUUUCUACAGCAAGUUGACAAAGGGGACUUCCUUUUGCCCACUUGGUUGUGUUGAAAGAGCACAUUUGUCCAAACCCGGCAACCGAGUUCUAGAAGCUCCUGAUGGAGGGCCACGUCUAGCAUGGCCCAGGCCUCCUGCUCCCAGGCCCUCACACGCUCCAGGGAGGCCUGCCCGGGGCGUGUUGCUCGGGGGCCGGCAGGCCUGGGCCCGGCUGGGAGAGCUGGUUAUUUGAGAUGCGUCACUGUUUCCCCAUUAGUCUCCGACAGGCCUGUCAGAGGGUGUUUUUGUGGCUUGCUGUGUUGCUGCAAUCAUCGUGCACAACAGCUGGGUAACAAGGCUGCUAUCGCUCAAACUCCCCUGCCAAACGCUCUCGUCCGUUCUUCCUCCUCCCCACCCUCCCAUCACCCUGAGUCACCUGUAAAUUCAUUUGUCAUCUAAAGCGGAAUAACAAAUUGUCCCUAGCAAAACCGCUGAGCGCUUUAUAAUUUUGUGGUGUAUUUUUGUCAGUAGGUAGCAGAGGCUGAAGUAUUUUUUGGUGUAAUUCUCGAAAUUUUCUGACAGGAAACAAAUAAAGAUAGAUGUGUCUGCGAGC